AUGCGAUAUUAUUUUAAUUAUUUAAUUAUUACUUUCAAUACACUUGGAAUUUUAGCAUCAUUAUGGAUCAUGUAUAUAACAGUUCCAUUGCUAUUAUCAUCCAAAACAAAAAAUAGUAAAAUUCCACGAAGUAUUGUAUUUUAUAUAUUCAUAUUAUGUUUAGGUGCAUUAUUUGCCAUGAUAGGUAUGAUUUUUCUUGAUAUCUUUCUUAUAACACAAACAUGGAGUUUUAGUGAUAUAAUUUGUAUUGGAUAUUUAAUGAAUGAAAAAAUUACAAUAUUUUUAGCUCCAAUAAUUGUUUUAUUUAUAUCACAUACCUGUCAUGCAAUGGUUUGUGGUGAUGUUGUUGCUCAGAAGAAAGCUGCAUUAGUAAAGUAUGCAUUUAUCAAAGUUAUGGUUGCUUUGAUAGCAAUUAUUAUUAUUUUAAUACCUAUUCCAUUAUAUGCUUCUAAAAGAUUUUUAGAAGUUAAAAAAGUAUAUUUAUGUGAAUUUAAUCCACCAACAUUUAUUAAACAAUUUUUACAUUACAGUGCAUGUUUUGUAUCAUUUGCAUGUCCCCUUCUUGGAAUUCUUUAUUGGUAUUUAUCUGUUCCACUUUUUUUAAAAAAAAGAGCUAAUACAGUAAUUGUAAAAGGGCACUCUUCAACACAUGCUAUAAAAAGAAUAAUUAAAACAGUUGUAAUUUUGACAAUUGUUUAUUUAAUAUUUUGGUCUCCUUAUUGGUUAUUACUAUUUAAAGGAAAUGCAUUAUUUCAAAUAUUAAAAGCUAUUCAUAUACCCUUGAUAGCUUUUAAUUAUAUUCAAUUAACUAUACAUUUAUUACCAUAUAUCUCAAGUUUAAUUUAUCCAUUAAUUUUUAUUUUAAUGAAUACUUCUAUAAGAAAGGCACACAAUAAAGUAAUAGGUCAACAUAAAAAACGUUUUAAAAAAUUACCUUCUGAAAUUAUGGAUAGUUUUCAUUCAACAUUUCAAUCAACAUCAAAUAGAGGAGUAAAACAAACAAGACUUCAUUACAUAACUUCUGAUGAUAGUAAUGAUAAUGAACAAACUAAAAUGACACUAGAUGGGUCUAAUGAUUAUAAAAGUAUUAAUUUUAUUGAAAAUAUUGUUUUGUCAAAGGAUAUUGAAAUUACUCCAACAACGAUGUCAUUAAAUUAUUAUAAUUCUAAUAAAAAUAAAAUUGAUAAAUUAAAUGAGGAAGAAGAAGAUGAGAAUAAUCAUGAUAAAAAAAGUUGUAGUUUAGUGAAAGAAUAUACAAAUGAUUCAAUUUUAAUUCCCCAUCAAGAUGAUUGUAUACUGUAG